GCAAAGCACCGCUCGUGCGUUACAGAAGAGUCAUUUCCGUUUCCGCUCUCGGUCCAGUCCGGUUAUUUUGGUGUGUGUGUUGUGUGUGGAGGGUUCCCGGUGCUUUCGGUGUUCGGGAUGACGGCAGAGAAGAAGCCGCAGGUGGACCUGGGUCUGCUGGAGGAGGAUGACGAGUUCGAGGAGUUCCCGACAGAAGACUGGACAGGCUGUGACGAGGAUGAAGAUGCUCACGUCUGGGAGGAUAAUUGGGACGAUGACAAUGUAGAGGAUGACUUCUCCAAUCAGUUAAGGGCAGAGCUAGAAAAACACGGAUACAAGAUGGAGACGGCGUAGCGGAGGAGAAUUGCAACUCUUUGUUAGCCAUGUAUAAUUUUUUUUUCUUUUGUGUUUUACAAUAAAUAUUUUGUUGUUCUUCUGUAAAAUGGUUUAGCAGUUCAUUGCCACAAACUGCUCUGGUGUUGCCACAAAGAUGUAUUUAUACUUUGUUUAAUAAAGACUGAAGGAUUGCUGCAA